CGUAACGGCGCAUGCGCAUCACUCAGCUAACCAUUUGGCUACGUGUACCCGGUGUGUGAAAGUGUUCAGGUAUCGCAUCUUUGCUGCUUGACAAGCUGCCAUUAACACCUAAAACGCCCUAAAAGAGCGGAAUUAUGGGAGGUGCGCAGAGUAUGGAGAUACCGGGAGGAGGCUCCGAGGGCUACCACGUCCUCCGGGUUCAAGAGAACUCGCCAGGACACCGCGCAGGACUGGAGCCUUUCUUUGACUUUAUUGUCUCCAUCAACAACACCAGACUGAACAAGGACAAUGACACGUUGAAAGACUUGCUGAAAGCCAGUGUGGAGAAACCAGUUAAGAUGCUAGUUUACUCCUCGAAGACCCUGGAGCUGCGGGAGUCUACAGUCACCCCUAGCAACCUGUGGGGGGGCCAGGGCUUGCUUGGUGUCUCCAUUCGUUUCUGCAGCUUUGAGGGAGCCAAUGAGAAUGUUUGGCAUGUGCUGGAAGUGGAGCCUAAUUCCCCAGCAGCCCUCGCUGGCUUGCGGCCGCACACUGACUACAUCAUUGGAGCCGACACCGUUAUGAAUGAGUCAGAGGACCUGUUCUCUCUGAUAGAGAGCCAUGAGGGGAAAGGCCUGAAGCUCUAUGUGUACAACACAGACACCGAUAACUGCAGAGAAGUCAUCAUCACACCCAACAGUGCCUGGGGAGGAGAGGGCAGCCUUGGAUGUGGAAUUGGCUAUGGAUACCUCCACAGGAUUCCCACUAGGCCGUUUGAGGAGGGGAAGAAGUUAAGCUUCCCUGGACACUCUCCCAGUGAGCCCGUCAGUCCGCUGAAGGAUGGAUUCACUGAGGUCCAGCUUUCAGCAGUGUCCCCUCCUCCUACUGCACCAGGUGUCCCUACGGGCCUUGAAGAAACACUGUCAGGCCUGUCGAUCAGCACAGCUCCGCCCUCCAUGCCCAGAGAGCUGCAGACAGGUUUGCCCACAGUUCCUCUGCUCCCCUCCUCCACCAGCCUCAACCCCGCCCUCAGCCCACUCACUCCACUGAAUCCCGCCACCACAGGUUUCAACCCCGCCACCACGCUACCAGGGUUGAUGUCCCUCCCCGGUGGCUUACCUCCGCUCCCCAACUUGCCUAACCUCAACCUGCCACUCCCAGACCUCAGUGCCGUGUCACUAGCAGGCACCUUACCAAUAGGAACUGCAGUCCCCCCUCUGUCCGCCCUCCCACACUUCAACCUCCCCGGUCUGGCCCCCUUACCCCCCCUACCCACCCUACCCAUGCUUCCCUCCCAGCUGCCUCCUCUCCUCCCUCAGGGAAUGGUCCCCCUCCUGCCCACCUCCUCCCCCGCUCCCACAGCCUCGGUCACAGUCACAGCAGCGCCCGAGACCGCCGCCAACCCCACAGUCGCCACGGAAGCGGCUUCCACGAACGCCAUGGAAUCACCGGCCCCCACGGAAACAACACUAACGUCGUAAAAUGGGAAAGAAGAUCCCGCUUGCCAUUAAACCAAAACACACACCCGGUUUCUCUUACACCACCCCUCCCCCUUUCCCCGUCUAUCUUUCUUUCUCUGUGUUUUUCUAUUUAUUUGGCCAAGAGGGACAGGCAGACCGCUGCACCUGUUCAGACGCAGAGGUCGGCGUGCUCCAGGUAUGGGUAGGGAGCUUGUGAGGAGCGAUGGAGAAUGAAUAGAUAUGAAGAAUGGAGGAUAUUUGAUAUUUGGAGGGUCUUUAUUACCAGAUUGUCAUGGAGCUUGUCAAAGCCACUGUAUAAGGAGGACGAGGUGUACUCUUCGAUUUGUAGUUUGCUUCGCUCUUCUGCUGUUACAAGGCAAAGAACUAUUUUAGAGUGUUUCCUUUUCUGAUCUGGCGAGCCUCUCUGUUUUACACAUGUUUUUUUUAUAUAUAUAUAUAUAUAUAUAUUAUUAUACCAUACUAUACUGUAUAUAAACAGUGUAUGUUGAUGGGGUUGAACGAUAAAUCCAAUUUUGUGAUUCCCAUAUAUUAUAAAUGACUGAGAAUAGAACAACUCGUGACACCUAAUUGGACAGUCAUUAAACUAAGCCAGGACACAGAUAUUAGAAGUGGGCCUACAGAAGAGAAACAUCCUUCACUGCUGCUUAAAACAUAGUUAAAUGAUAAAGGUGAAUAUGAAUUCAUCAUGUUAUAGAUUUUUGGUCUUAUCAUCCAGCCUGUGUAUGUAACCCUUUAUCAUUAGUUAAUGAAACCCCUGAACAAUAGAUUAAUUUGAUUGACAUGUAUACAUUUUUGUUAAAAUUGCUGUAUGAGUGUCCACACCCAAUGAAUGAAUCUGCAUUAUUUUGCACCACCUUUUGUGUUUUGAAAUGAUUUGUCUUUCCCUCUGUAUGUCUCCGUUUAUAUCCAGAAAUACAACAACCGUCUCUGCUACACAGGGAUGGUAAGAGCCUGAAGGCCAUGCCAAAGGGGACAGAGGUUAGCAGUUACAAGAAAUACUGAGGAGAGUGUACGGUAUUUGCUUGCUGCUGGGUGAUCUGUAGGUAGGGUGAAACAUGGGUGCAGGGGUGUUAAAUACCCAGUGAGUCUCCUACUGGCAUGGCCAAAGCAAAUCGGUAGGCAGUGAUGCAGUACAACCAGUAGGUGUCACUGUAAACAGAACUUUAUGUUAACAUGCUACACUGUGCACAGUGUGAGCAAUAAAGCAAAAUAAAUUUUA